CUCGUCUAAAGCUGAAAACGAAAUGGUGGAUCAGACGACUUUUGUUAGGUUAAAAAAUCAUCAUAAUCAUCGUUAUUAAACCAUCAUCGAGACUAAAUACGCAUGGAACAAUGACAGGUUGAUGUUCACCUAACCAUGCAAGUAUAACUUUGCAAAGACAUCUUCAUUAUUGACUACUGGAAGAAUAUUCAAAAUGCCAGCACGAAGGAAGAUCAGAGUCGGCCAAAGAAAGAAAUACGCAUCUGUUCAGAAGAAGUCCAAAGUGUUUAAGAUUGAAGACAUUGUCGCAGCAGAAUCUGAUGCAUUCUUUGCAAAGCCACUGGGCUUCUUUUUGUCCGAUGCGGAGGACAUUAAUAGCUUAACUGAUGUCAUUCCUGUUGAAGAUAUUGAUAGUGAUGGGUUUUCUGCAAAUGAAUUCAUAGUUUGUUUGGAUAAACCAUACAAAUACUCACCGGAUGUUGUUUUGGAGGACUUUAUAUUGAGCAAACUGAGAGAAAGCUGUGAGCAGGCUUUAAAAAGUGAUAAGAAAUUUAUGUAUAUGACUAACUCUUCAAAUUUGAAAUGUGUAGAACUGUAUGACAGUGAUGAGCACUGGGAAACGCCAAGAGUUAAGACAUGCAUAAGUGUAGAUAAAGACCUGGCAAUAAAAAUCAUGGUGCAUGGCAAGUCUUUACCUGACAGUCACACAAUUUAUAGAAGAAUUGGAAGCUCAUGCUAUUCUAUGAAGACUAUUCAAAAAGUGUUUGACAUUAUCAGUGACUAUCACAUUUGUUAAGGAAACAAUGAUGCAGAGCUUCAGGAUCUCAUUCCAGUUGGAUCUUUUAUGGAUAUAUCCAAUGGAUACAAGUAUCAAGGUUACCGUGACUCUUUCUACAGCCAGUCAACGAUAAGAUCAAAGAGAUGUGACUUGUUUGUACAAAGGAAAGGUAGUCGCUGUAUUGGUUGUCAAACUUACCGUCGAACACUUCGCAAAGUUUUGAAUCGAAGAAAAAGUUCUCCUAAAGUUUCUACACCCAAGAAGGAUUGGACUAAAUGUAAAACUUCCAACAAGAACUUAACAGAACAUCAAAAAUUGCAUAAAAUUAAACAACUGAAAGACAUUACCUCCCAGUUGCAAUUGGAAAAUGCCCGUUUGAGACGUGAAAUUGCUAACAAAAUUAGAAGUGAAGGUGUCUGCUUGUCGGAAAAAGAAAGUAAAGACUUAUCUGAACUGAUGCAAAGUUGUGAAUGGGACGUUAAAAAGAGUCACCCGGAUGAAUCUUCAUAUCAGCGUUUGUUCUGGAAAGAACAAUUCAAGUAUUCGCAACUAAACAACAAUCGGGGCAUGCGCUGGCACCCAUCAAUUAUAAAAUGGUGCAUUUAUUUAAAAAGUAAAAGUGCUACAACAUACGACACUUUGAGGAAUUCUGGUUUUGUUAAACUACCCUCCGAGCGAAUUCUGUUUGACUACACAAAUGCGAAUGCUAAAGGAGUAGGGUUCCUUGAGGGCAACAUUGACAUGCUUAUAGAUGAAACGGAAGGCUACACAGAUCACCAAAGGAUAGUUGGGUUGCUUCAGGAUGAAGUUAAAAUUAAAAGUGACCUCGUUUAUGACAGACAUACUGGUGAACUCAUAGGAUUUGUGAAUCUUGGCUCAAUUAAUAACAAUUUGAACGAUCUAAAAAAUGAAUGUGACUGUUUAGCCAAAUAUGUGUUGGUUGUAAUGGUACGUGGUAUAUCGUUAACUUUGAAAUUCCCACUCGCUCAUUUUGCAACUAAUGGAGUAACUUCCGACCAGUUGUUCUGCAUAUUAUGGGAAGCAGUUGAGAUAUGUGAAGUGGAUGUUGGUCUCAAAGUGCUCUUUAUCACAAGCGAUGGGGCAUCAUCAAAUAGGCGCUUUAUUCGGCUUCAUGAUAUCAUCAAGUAA